CGCUUGUCCUGUUACCUCCCUCUCUUUUCGGCCUCCCAUCUAAUCUUUUCCGAUGCCAAUUCCAGAUCCACUCUCUUUCCUACAACCCGACAAAAAUUCCUGACACUUGAUUUGAGGUUCUGCUCCCACGAUUCCUUUCCCAACACCAUCUCUCACCCUCUCUCAAUCUCUCUGGUUUGCGUUGGGUUUUUAGUUUUGGAUGAAUGGCGGCGGUGGGGAAGCUGGUGGAGGUGGCGGAGACGGAGGUGGUGAUCGAGUUCAAGACGGGAGUGAAGUGCCGGUCGGACCUCCACCUCCAGUCGCUGCACCCGACGGCGGCCGUGACGUUCAAGGUGCAGACCUCGGCCCCCCACAAGUUCCACGUCAACCCCCCCAACGGCGUCCUACCCCCGCUCUCCUCCGCUGUCCUACAAGUCAUUCUUCGCCCCCAGCCCCUCCCCCCUCCCUCCUUCCCCCGCUCCCCCUCCGAUCGCUUCCUCAUCAAAGCCUCCCUCUCCGCCUCCUUCGACGCCGCCCACGACACCCGCCUCAAGGUCGCCUACGUCGGGCCCUUCCUCCUCCGCCACGCCGCCGCCCUCGGCGACGCCGCCGCCGUCCGCCACCUCCUCCGCCGCCAGCCCUCCCUCCUCCCCCGUCUCCCCCCCGCCGACUCCGCGGCCCUCCUCCGCUCCGCCGACCCCUCCCUUCGCCCCCUCCUCCUCGACUCCGGCCUCCACCUCCCCCCCUCCCCCUCCUCCAAGCCUCUUAAAGAGAAGCCCAACGGGGAAGGCGAGGCGGCGGCGUCGACGCCGAGGGGGUGGACGGCAGUGCACGCGGCGGCCGCGGCAGGGGAGCACGAGGAGCUCUUGAGGGCGAUAGAAGAGUGGGGAGUGGACGCGAGGGACGGGGAGGGGAGGACGGCGCUGCAUGCGGCGGCCGGGAGGGGGCACGUGAGAUGCGCGAGGGCGCUGGUGGAGAGGGGGGCCGAGAAGAACGCGAGGAGCGGGGACGGGCGGACGGCGUUGUACCGGGCGGCGGUGAACGGGGACGCGGAGAUGGUGGCGGCGCUUCUGGAAAUGCGGGCGGACGCGAGCAUCGCCACCGCGCGGGGCCGGACACCGCUCGACGUCGCCCGAGACAAGGGACAUCUAGAGGUGGUGGAGAUUCUGGAACGUGGGGAGAUGGUCAUGACAGCAUCAAGGAGAGGAGACCUCGGGCGCCUCGAAUCCUUGCUGAAGAAGCGCAUCGGAGUCCAUGGGCAUGACCAGUAUGGGAUGACGGCACUUCACUCUGCUGCGAUCAAGGGGCACCGGGACGUCGUGUCGCUGCUCAUCGAGUUUGGCAUGGAGAUGGAGUGCCAGGACGUCGAAGGGCACACGCCGCUCCACCUAGCGGUGGAGGGCGGCCACCUGGAGACUGUGCAGCUGCUGAUAGAUAUGGGAGCCAACAUCGAUGCCAAGACCAAGAGAGGGGCCACGCCUUACUUGAUGGCAACGUCCAUGGGCUACGAUGCCAUGUCACAGCUGCUGCUGAGUAGGGGAGCAACCUCUUCCUCAUGCAUAGCAUCAUCAUCUUCUUCAGCAACCUCACGCAAUUAAUUAACGCACGUCAUCCUACGGCCAGCAAAUCUUUCUUUCUUGCUUGCUUUUAUUUCUUUUGUUCAUCCUGCAAACUAAACAAGAUUCUCUAGCUAGUUUUUUGUAGAGUACAUUCCAAAAGGAUUAAACUUGUUUUCCACCAUUCCA